AUGAAUUUUAAUGUCUGGAAUAUCAAGGAGAUGUUGAGCACGCCGACAGCCACUGGGCCUAAUAAGUUUUCCAUCCGGAGCAGCGCUCCUAGUGACUACUCGAGUUUGAGUGAUUCUCAGCUGCUCUUCGGCUCCCAGUUCUGCCCGGAGAACGUGCAAUCGGCAGCGGCGCCGCUGGAGCUGGGCACGCAGCUGGGACAGCACAACUCCCAGGACAGCGAGCCCAGUAUUUUCACCAAAUACCAGACAAAACCACUGUUAUUUGAUGAGGAUACAAAAGAAAAAGCUUCACUUAAUUUUGGUGCAGGAAGAGUGAGAAGUGUCUUGGAAAAUUUUGAAGUGAAUAAGAACAAAAUAAAGGACAAAUAUGAUCGUGAGGUUUUAAGCACCUUUAUUUCCAGUAUCAAAGACAAGCUUCAAGGGCUGCAAGCAUGCUUGGACAAGUUUGGAGAAAUGUUCGAUUCAAGAAACAAAUCCAUUUUGGUUCACCUAGAAACCCUUUCCAAGACACUGCAAGAUGCUCUUCAAAGUCACUGUGGCUCGGUGCUGAAAGCUCUGACAGAUAAAAGCCAAAUGGAGCAGGCGCUGCUGGAGAUGGAGAGGAGACUUGCAGCCAAAGAUGUGGAGAUUUCGGAUGUGAAAUCCAGUGUCCAGCUGCUGAAGGAGGAUCUGGAGUCGCUGCCAGCUCAGCUGAGUGAUCAGCACCUGAAGCGGUGUGAAGAACUAGGCUUCCUGAAGCUCCCCAACGCCUUAGCUGAGCUGCACGCAUCCAUUGCCAGUGCCAGACUCCCCCCUCACAUGGCAGAUAACUCUUCCCAGACCUCCCCUGGCCCACGGCAGGGCUGUGUUCUGGGUGAGGAGAAUGCGUGCCGGCCGUGCUGCCGAGGCAGGGGGUUUGCAGCUCCUCGGGUCAGUCUCAGCCCCCCUGCGUGACAGAACCAGGUCACUGGGGAUGGCACAUCUACGGGUGACCGAAACACAGCUUCAGGAGGGAAAGUCAGCCCCAUGGCUACAGCGGUGAGAUACGGUUUGGAAACAGAGAGCUGUGCUAACCAUCCUUGUGUGUGCGGCGCUAACAGUCACUUUGUGGGGGGUAGUCAGCAGAAACGCUGUCCUGUACCACAGGAGGUGCCUCUGCCAACUCCACUGAGGAAGGCGGUCAGGAGAGGCACUCGGGGAUGUGAACCCGUGACGCCGUCACAACAGAGGCAGCCUCAAGUUUGCCACCUUUCUGUACGAAAAGAUAUGCCUGGGCGAAGAGACAGUAACUGGGCCACAGACGGUGAGGUGGAGAAUGCAGCUGUAGGGAACAAAGCAAAACAGAGGCCAGGAAGGAUCCCCUGGAAUAAAGCAAUGGGGAGGAAGAAAAUGUGCCCUGCUAUGAGAAAAGGCGAGCUCUUGCGAUGUGCUGACAGUGGGCUGAAGCAAAGGAAGGCAAAUGGGAUUAUUGAGUUGGAAAGCUCCAGAAAAAAUUGCUUUCCGAGAUACACGGUUGCUCUCAAUUUAGGAAGCUCUAACCCGGUUUUUGCAGCUCCCGAUCAGCAGAUUCUCGGCAGCGCUCAGCCGAGGCUUACAAAGAAUUUCCCAUCAGUGCCAUGCUCCAAUAAAAGCCUGCAACAACUUGCAGACAAAAGAAAGAGAAGUUUGGAAAUUAAAAAAAGAGCAAAUGUUUCCGGUGUAAAAAGGAAUCUCUGGGAUUCCUCUCCCCAGGAGAAUAUAUUUUCCCUGUGUAGCACAACAGGUGAAAAACAGAUGAGCUGCUUCAGUCUCCGAAGCCCUGCAGCCUCCAAGAAACCACGUCCUGUCAAUACGCUGGCUCAGCAGAAUACGGCCUGUUGCUCUUUAGUUUUUGACAGCGAUUAUUCCGAUUGAAGGGUUUUGUUUCGUGUUCAGAGUCCUCAGCGCAGGCUUGGCCACCUCAGUCGCAGUUUAUUCCUCCAGGUGUGUUACCUGCUUAGUCAGAGACAAGGCUCAUGCCUGGAUGCUGGAGGUGCUAUUGUCCACUUUGAUAUAUU